UGCGUUCGUCGCCAAGUCGCUGCGCCAACUGCAAGCAUCGGACGCGGCGUGCGCGCUGUCGUCGACGCAGUACUCCAAGCCUGCCUGCCUCUUGCUGGAGACCAAGAGCUACCUCGACAAGGUGGCGAGGCACCACGAGAUCAUCGCGCUGCUGCCGCAGUGGGCGCAGGAUUUCUUCUUGGCAGGCAUGCGCGUCAUGCUGCGGGACCGCUUCGCCAUGGUUGCUGGCGACAUCAUGGAGUACGCUUGCACAGCGGUGGAGAAGGCGACGGACGGCAAGCAGAAGGCGCGGGUGCGCCGGGCCCAGGACAGCUUCCCGAAGGGGGCUGGUCGGACGCACAGGGCGACCAAGCCCCGUGCGCUGCAGCUGGCCUUGCCCAAGUGGACGGAGCGCGACAGGAUUGCCCGCCCCGUCAGCGCCUGCGGUAAGGAGAUGAAGGAGGUGCCACGAGUCGAGCAGCUUCAGAGGCCGCGCGACAUCGACCAGUGGGAGUCUCUCCCCACGCUCACGGUGGGCAGUAUGCAGGCUGCUGCGCUGACCUUCUCGACCUCUACGGCGACCGGGCACGAGCGAGGGCCUGCGUACCCAAAGCGUGGCUCUCCGCGCACCCGCAGCGCUGACAUCUGGGGUAUGGGAGGACGAGGCAAGAGCUCGUCGGACUCGGCCUUCGACCUCAACAUCGAGGUGGCGAUCUCUGCGGCGCUCGGGGAGUACACGCUCACGGCGCUCAUGGACGCCUGGAAGUUCUUCGAGACGACCGUUCCCGCGGCGGUGCUUGCGGAGGCGCUGGAGUUGGGCAUGCCGCUGCGCCUCGUCUGGAUGCUGUUGGAGCUCUAUCGGCAGCCGAGAAGGCUAUGCGCGUUCGGUUCGAUCUCGUACAGUGUGAUCGCGUGGCAGGGGGUGCUGGCGGGCUGCACGCACGCCUGCGCGAUGGUCUCGCUCCUGCCCCACAGGCCGCUGCAGCGAAUUCGCUGUCUCGGCGCGGUGCCCAGAGCGCUGGUCGACGACGUCGCCCUGCACAUGGCGGACUGCAGGGCGCCUGCCCUGGACAAGCUGCGGGCUGCGGCCACCAGGUUCCGAGAGGGUGCCCGCGAGCUCGGCGUCAUCAUCCAGAGGGGGAAGUCUGGCUAUGGCACCCCGUCCGCGGCCGUCGCGCAGCGCUGUCGGCAACACGGUGGAGCGCGAGGCCUCAAGGGCAGGCGCUGGGUCAGGAACCUCUGCGGCCGUCGAAAGGCGCGGCGCCAGACCGCCGAGAGGACGAAGGCGUUGGCUGCGCGCAGGGGCAGGCUAUUGCUCUUCAAAAAGGCGGUGGGCAAGGGGGUCGCCUGCCUCCGGAAGACGGGGCCCCACCCCAGUGCCGCGCACGGAGCUGGAGUGUCAGGGGCCACCGACGCCACGCUCGGCAAGCGCAGGAACGAGGCGGGCAUGCCGGUCGGGGCCAGGCCUGGGCCCUCGUGCGCCACGGUCUCCCUGGCGACGCAGAGGGCCAAGGAGUUCGACCCCAUAUACGCGACGACCUGCGACCUGGUCUGCCGCUACGCUAGCUGGGCGUGGAAGCAGCGCACCUCGCUCACGUGCCUGCACCAUGCCUGGGUCGAGGACGCCAGGCUGAACCUGGCCAUAGGCAUCGCGCGGCGGCAAGGGCGGCAGAUCCUCCAGCACUACCCACAGUGCGACCAGCAGGCCAGGCUGCGGGCGAGGGCACUGAGACUCUGCGCCGGCGGCCCCAAGGCGCAGUUCGACGCGAUGCUGGCCACCUCGUCCGGGUGCGCCGCAUGCGGGGCGGAGUCGGACACUCCUGGGCACCGCUUCUUCGGCUGCGAGACCUUCCUGGAGCCAGAGUUCCUGGGCGAGGAGAAGGGCAAGGUGCCCCCCGAGAGUCACGACGUGGCCUGGGCCCUCAUGCGCGACCAGGGCCUCAAGAUGGGCGGUGGGCCGCAGGUGUACUACCGGGGCGACUGGAGCGCCGACCCCAGCACGACGCGCGAGGGCAACGUCGUCUUCACGGACGGGUUGGGCCCGGCCUCGUCGAUGCCCGAGCUGCGGCGCUGCGGCUGGGCAGCGGCGCAGGUCUCGACGCAGACGGCGGGGCGCGCGGAGAGGCGCGCCCUGCUGCGGGCGUUGCUAGUCGUCUCGCCGCAGCUCGGCGGGCCCGCCGUCGACGCCGUCUUCACGGACCCCCUGGGACUCGCCGAGGAGGCGGCCUCUUGGAAGGCGGCACUCGAGCAGGCUUGCGCGACGCAGGCCACGGGCUGGCGGCGCCUGCGCGCGCAGCCUGCGCGGCCUGCGGUGCGCUGGAUCCCCUCGCACACUGAGCUCAAGCAGUUCCAGGAGCGCGGGCUGCACCCCCUCCUAUUCAUUGGGAAGACGUGGGCGGACCUCUUCGCGGAGGAAGGGGCCGGGGCCCGCGCUGUCUCGCCAGGCUACGCGGACUUCCACGGGGCCGAGAUCGAGUGCCACAAGCAGGUCGCGGCUUACAUCGCGUGGGCCAUGCAGCACAUGCUAAACAUGUCUAGCCGGCCGGCGACGGACUCGGCAGCGCGCCCCUGCAAGGGGCCCCCGAGCGCGCCGCCCGUAGCGGUGGUGCAGCACCAACUCGUCCUCCUGCGCGGCGGCAGGGUCGCGCUGUGUCGGCGGCGCUGCACAUCCACGGCGGCCACCCGAGGUCCGUCGCGGGCGCGGCACCUGCGCCCUCAAUGCAGGGAGAGCGAGGUGGCGAAGCUCAAGGCGGACGCCAUUAUUGAGCAUGUGGGGGCGACGUGGUUCCAGGUGUCAGAGGAGGACCUGUUCGCCAUGACGGCGCUGGACGCGUCUCAGGGGCUGCUGGACCCAGGAGACCUGGCCGAGGCCCCGUCGACGCUUUGGGCCCUGGGCGACACGGCAAUGGACGUGCAGGGCCACCGCUUGCGCAGGGCUGGCCCCACCAUCUUCUGCCAGGCGCGCGCGGCCUGA